AUGGCGGCGGCGAUACGGGGCGGGGCGAGGGUGGACCCGAAGGUGGCCGUGGACGCGCACGAGGGGGUGAGCUACGUGUUGCACCUGGCCCGGAAGGACAGGGACUAUGUCUUGGGCACGAGCCAAGAUCCGGUAAACACGUACGAUGCGCCCGAGUUCGAGUAG